UCUGAUCUAGGAUCUGUAGAGUUCAGUCUGCUGUAUUUACAAGAGUUAAAAGUCAAUACGAAACAAACCAAUUUAGCCCAAUAAACGGGAUGUCCUGGCUAAUAUGGGACAGUUGUCAACCCUAGGUGUCCAUCCAUCCGUCUCCAAUAUCUUGCUGAGUUGAAGUGCUAUCAUUAUGUUACUGCUGUGUUUUAGAUGCGUGUCAGAUGGAUUUAAGAAUCACAAACAUCGCCAACACAUGGCUGUCCGAAGAUGAUGACAUCAGAGCUCUCGACCUGCGGUUGGCUACAGCAGCUACUCGUUGUACUCCUGAAGCUUUGCCUCACUUUUGCUGGGCCUCUGCGACCACUUAAUGGGACAGAAUGCACUGCCAAGGGUCCCGCUUCCUACAUCCUGGUCUUUAGCGGUCAAUGGAGCCCACAGGCUUUCCCAAAGCAGUAUCCGCUGUUCCGGCCCCCUGCACAGUGGUCCAAACUCAUAGCGGUGAGCCACAAUCGCCAUUUUCGGCUGUGGCAGGAGGGUGCUCCAGCCAGUACAGGGGUGCAGAACUUCUCUGAAGUUGGGGUGACAGUGGAGGUGAUGAAGUCGGCCAAGGAGGCCAGGAAGAGACGUGCGGUUGGGGCCAUGUACAGAACGGCUGGCAUCCCUGAUGGCAUUGGGCACAGCUCCACGGAGUUGCUCAUUCAGCCGCGGCACUCACUGCUGUCCCUUAUGGUCAAGGUGAUCCCCAGCCCAGACUGGUUUGUUGGUGUGGACAGUUUAAACCUCUGUGAGGGCAGCCAGUGGAAACAGGAAGUGACCAUUGACCUCCAGCCUUAUGAUGCAGGGACUGACAGUGGAUUCCCUUUCUCCUCUCAAUUCCCAACCAGCCCCCCUGAAAAUAUUACAAGGUAAAUUACAUCUCAGAUGCCGAACCAUCCAGCCAACUCCUUCUACUAUCCACGAUUAAAGGAUCUUCCACCUAUAGCCAGCAUUAGGAUCAUUCAACAGAGCAGAUCAACUGACCGUCAGACACCAAUGUCGAAUCAUAUUUUGCCAAACUCUAUCAGUCCACAUCGCUUCUCAGCGACACCCCUGGACUGUGAAGUGUCUCUCUGGUCAUCCUGGGGUUUGUGUCUGGGUCCCUGCUCCAGAGGCGGUGUGCGCCACCGUACGCGAUACAUCCUCCUGCGGCCGGCUAAUGCCGGUGUUCCCUGCCCUGAGCUCGAGGAACAGGCUGAAUGUGUACCACACAGCUGUAUGAAACUCCAGUAACCUGCAGAACACCAGUAAAAGAAACUGCCAGUAUUCAACACUGAGACUGUCAUCUUAUUACUGCUGGACUGAGAAACAUUGCCUCAGCUUGAGUCCUUGAAAACUUUAAGGAUUGUGUGUUUGUAAACACUCAGACAGUGCAAAUUUAAGACUUUUUGCAUAACCUGUUCUAUGCAGCCAUUUAGUAAAACAGUGUGCACUCUUUUAGGGUUUUAUUAUAAACUGUGUUUUCUGUUUACAGUUCAAUAAUUAAAAUUCACUCAGCCUAGAAUGCGGGUACUUGGUUAAUUGGGCCUUCAGAAAGAACUUGUAUCCUCUUUUACAAAACAGUAGGUGAAAAAAUAUUAUUUGAUGUACUGUGUCUGCAUCCAGAACUACUUUUUAGAGCAGAGAGGAAGGACUGAUUUCAAGUAAAUUUUCAUGUAACUACAGCAAAUGACAGCUUAGCAGUUCUUGUGGAAUAUGAAACAUUGGUGGAACCUUCCUAAUUGUCAGGGUUUCAGCAGCCAUGGCUGUUUUUUAUUAAAGGGAAAGAUGUGAAAAAAAAGGACAGAAAAUAAGUAUUAUAAAAAAUUAAGAUGUGUUCUGCUCAGAAGGACCUGAGCCGAGCUGCUGCAGAGGUUAGCUUAGCUUGUGUCUUGGUGAAGAGCUUUUUUAAAAAAAAAAAAUUAAACAAAUACAUUUUAGAAUGUUUCUAUUUUUUUAAUGGAGUAUGAAAGGGUUGCCUACUAAGGUAUCAAAACUUAUUUGAUCUGAGCAGCAAUGUAUGAAAGUUUAAUUCUGCUUGUAGCCGAGUGUGAACAGUUAUUUGUGUAAGAGGUUCAUGUCGGGGCUCUACACUGCUAUAACAAACCACUACUUCUGACACGGCUACUAGUUAAUAAAUUCAUAAUUUGUAUGCCAAAAAUGAAUCUAAACAUAGAUUCAUUGAUUUAAAAAUGGUUGCUCCUGUCAUAACUAGUAUGUGACGCAAACUUAGCUUUGGGCCUGGACAGCAAUGGUUGACACUGUAACCUUCUUAAAAUUAGCUAACUUAGCCAGCCUAUUCAUACUCAUAGUAACCUGUAUUAGCACUAAUGGUCAGGUAAGACCAGGUAAACAGGGUUACACGAUUCAGAGCCACACAUGGCUGAGAUUUUAUGCCUUGACAAACAACGCCACAACCCACACUGUCUUCCGCUGUGUUUAAUUUAUGUGCCAUCUUCAGUUUCGUAGACUUGUCUGUCAAAGUCUCCGGUGUUUAAUCUCUCCUGCCUUCUCCUGCUGUUUUGUCCUUCUCUUUUUUUUUCCCAACCUUAAACAAACAACCAUACUUCUUUCGGUGGAUCGAUACGCAGUUAGUUCACUGUCAGUGGUUAAAGGCAUAUCCAUAGCAACCGAAUGAAAUGAAAAACUGACAGAAAGCUGUUUGACAAAUGUGUCCCCUUAAAGACCUUUGUGAGACUUUCAACAACACACAUUUAAUCGGUAUGCUGACAGUGAACCACUGCAGUAACACGUGUUUGGUUUCAACACACCCUCUUAUAUGUAGCCCAUGCACACAUAUACACACAGACUUCCACACUCAAAGGUCCUUGCACAUACAGCAUACUUUUAAAGGCACGGUGUCAUUAGCUUACAUGGUACCUAUACAUGCUUGGCACAUGCAUUUCUUUCAAAAUAGCCUCACACCCCAAUUUAUAAAUAUCACCUUUCACAAGAAUACCCAUUAGCUGACUUGAGGCUCAGAGACAGUCUGUUUCAUGAAAAGAUGUCGUUUUUUUUUUACAGAAAAAGGUAUCGUUAUUUGAUAUUUUAAUGUGGAGAUUUUGUAUAUACUGAUGUGCUUUUUCUUAUAUUGUAUAACUCAUGAAUAAAUAUGGAGCUGGGUUUUUCAAAA